AUGGCUUCCCCUCUCCUGCUCAUCGGUGUCAUUGGCCUUCCCAUCAUCAUUGUGCUUCAAUGGCUAGUAACAUAUGCGCGCACCGUCCUCAAGGUCCGUCGCAAUGGUCACCCCGCGAUCCACAGCGGCGUCAUGAUCUUCGAGUCCGUCAUUCGUUCUUGGUAUCCUCGUAUUCCCAUCCUGGUCCCCAUGGAGAAGUUCACCCUCAAGGAUCCUUUUAAGAAGUUCGCCAACGCGCGUUCCGAUAUGAUCGUCAUCACCGAGGCUUCUUCGCCUAAUGGCGUGGCCUAUCUCUUCGGGUCGCCAAAGAUCUUUCGUGAAAUCGGCCGCAAUGGCGACAUUUUCCUCAAGCCUCUUGAGAAGAUCCGCUAUCGCAUGCUGAAUACCUUCGGACUACAGCUCGCCUCGGCACAGAACGGUGCCCAGCAUGAGAGACACAAGCGUGUCGUCAAAGCAGUGUUUAACAACGAGCUCAUGGAGAACGGAUGGUACAACAUGCGCAAUAUGUGGAGGACCUUACUCCGCGAAGAGCGCAUCUAUCCAGCGGCCGCAAACUCGCAGACGGCUCCCAUUGUACGAAACAUGAAAGAAACCAUGCUGAAGGUGACACUAGGUGCCAUCGGCGCCUCGUGGUUCGACAUUGACAUCCCCUGGGAUCCGGCCGAGGAGUCGCAGCGCAACGCGAAAAGCGACCUGAUGCCAUUUGCCGAGACGCUGAAGGUCGUGUGGGAUUCUCCAUUUGUACAGACCAUAUUCCCCCUGUGGUUCCUGGAAUGGAGUCCUUCAUUGCAUUUACGUCGCGCUGGCUGGGCGCAGCGCUCCCUCGUCACUCACAUUAAGAAUGCACAGGCUGAGACGAGGCAAAGAAUUGAGGAUAUGAAGGAUACCACGGAGGUCCCAGGCCGACCGAGAAAGUACAGGAACCUCAUUGACGCGCUGGUCGAUUCCCAAAAUGAUGUGGAGAAGGCUGAGAAGGCUGAGAAAGGAUACGUGGCGCCCAAUGUCGGGCUAUCAGACAAGGAAGUUCAAGGCAACAUUUUCUCUUUCAUGGUGACUGGUCACGAAACAUCCUCUCAUACCCUGACUUGGGUCUUGUCACUUCUCGCCCGGAACACCGAUUGGCAAGAAAAGCUAUAUGAGGAGAUCAGCAAGGUGAACACUGUCUCCUUGGAUGAGGCCGAAAGCGUGGGCGACGCAAAGCCAUUGAAGUAUUUCGGCUACGAGGAAAUGGCAAACUUCCCUCUGGUCCUUGCUGCUACCAUUGAAUCACUCCGCAUGCGCGAUCUGGCCAUGCAGAUGACACGCGUGGCCUCCCGCGACACCACGCUUAGCUACACAACAUGGGAUGGUGACGCCGCCAACCCAUCUGAGGCUAAGGUCCACCAACACACCGUUGCCAUUCCCAAAGGCACGCGCGUGCACCUCGAUACGGCGGCGUUUGGGGUCAACCCGUUCAAGUGGGAAGACCCGCAAACAUACAACCCAAUGCGCCACCUUCGCGAGACUGAAGACGCGAAUGGCAACAAAAAGGUGACUGUGUCGUAUGAGGACUUUAUCGGCUACUCGUCCGGCUCGCGCCAGUGCAUUGGAAAGCGCUUCGCAGAGGUAACAAUGGUGUGCUUCCUAGCACAUAUGAUCAUGAACUUCCGCUGGGAGGUCGUGCCCGAGCCGGGCGAGACCCAGGAGCAGGCUAAAAUUAGGGCCUCUACUGGCUCGGAACAGUUCAUGUUGACACCUCCAGCGUACGAUCUGCGCUUUAUUAGACGCUAA